CCGACGUCAGCGAUACAAAGGGACACAAUUUCUGAGGGCAACAUCCACGACGACAAUGAAGCGCGUCCAGUCUAGCGGGAGAGCGCCCUCCCCAACGCCCACCGCCUUCUCGGGCAUCUCAAACUAUCGCACGGACUCCUACCGCCCCUCCCCCCGCGAAAAGACAAACAGCAGCCUCCCUCAGACGCCCUCCAUCGACUCCCGCACCAUCGCCCGCACCCACUUUGACGAACUCUCCAGCUACCUCGCAUCCUACCUCGCACGCUCACCACCCGAGUCCCGCUCAUCCGCAAGGCAGAAGCUCACAAGGCUCACAAAGCAGCAGUUCCAGGAGCUCUCGACGGACGUAUACGACGAGCUUGUCCGCCGCAAGAAGAACUCCGCUCAGAAUGAAGUCCCCUUCCUCCCCGUCCGUGACGACUUCCAUCCCAAGCGCAACCAGGCGCGCCAGAAGCUCGCUACACUCCCAUCCUCGCGCUUCGAGGAUCUGUCUAGCGACGUGUACUAUGAGCUCGCGAGGCGCUACCCAGAAUUUAAAGAAGAUGCCGACCCAUCCUACACCUCAGACGCCCCACCCACGAUCUACUCCCCACGGUCGGACACCCAGGGCUCCCUACCACGCUCCGGCUCCAUAUCCGGUCGGCUCUCAACCGAUAGAGACCGCGACAGGGGCGCGGACAGCGGGUACGGUGGCUCCGCCAACGAGAGUUCAAACUACGCACCGCGGCGCUCGGAGGACCACCCGCCUCAGCUUCCCCCGCUGAGCGGGAUCCGCCGACCGUCGCAGGACAUCGCGCCACCCAGAGGCUCACAUGACACCCAGCGCAGCGUCGGAGGAGUGCCAGGCGGAGACUACGGCUACCAGCGGCGCCCAAGCGCAGCCACGAGCAUCCACAGCGACUCGACGGGCGCGACGAACGCGCAGAGCGGGACGGCCACGAGCGCGAUGAUUAUCCCGAACAAGUCGACGAUCGCGGAGGAGGAAAUUGAGGUCCCGUACGGCCGUCGGCGCGGCGCCGACCGCGAGUCGUUGGGGUUCCACGACGAGCGGGAUGCGUCGCUCGAGCGGCCGGAUACGGAUGUGGAUGAGGGGAGCGAGUUUAGACAUGGGGACGCGGGCGAGCGGAGCGCGUCUCCGGUGAUUGGGUUGAAUGGGCUGAGUGCGAGGCUGAGGGGCACGGCAGAUGCGGAGGACGAGGAUCCCGGAGGAAGUCUGAGUCCUGGGAGGGUGAUGAAGAGUCCCGACAACGGGGAGGACUAUUAUGACAAGAUGUCGCUCGGCCGCACGUCUGUGACGUCGGAUCGGUCUGCUGGCCUCGGUGGUCCACAGCGGAAUAUGGGGCGGGCGAGCGUUACAGGGGAAGAGGCGGACAGGCUGAGGCGGGAGUAUGAGUAUAAGAUCGCGACGAUGCAGGCUAGGAUUCAGGGUCUCGAAAGGGAGGUGCAGAGUGGUGGGGGCGGGCAGAGGGCUAGGGAGGUCGAGGAGGAACUGGGACGGAUGAAAGAGAGAGCAGAAGAGCAGAGCGAGCGCAUGCGCGCACUGCAGCGUGAGCUGGACGAGAUGCGGGAUCUCCGUGCGAGGGAGAAGGAGCGUGAAAGCCGGAGGUCGCGGGACGACGAAGACGAGCUGAGGAUCCUGCGAGAGCAAUGUGAGCGGCUGGAGGCGGAGCGGGCUAAUGGUACUGGAGGCGGGGCUACGACGGACCCAGAUGUCAUCGAACAGCUCCGGUCCGACAUGGAGGGUCUGCUCUCUGAGCUCACAGAUUUGUCGAGAAGGAACGACGAGCUCAUGGCUGCGAAAGAGGCAGACGGCGCGCUCGUGCGCGAGCUCGACGCACAGCUCAAGGAGUACAAGCGCAAGUACGAACAGGCCAAGACCGAGCUACGGGCUGCCAAAGCAACAUCGCAGCUAUACGUCUCCACGCCCAAACCGGACGGCACGCUCGACCAGCUUCCCGUCGCACCGAGCGGGGUGCUGGUGGACGUGCACGUCACUGCGUUCAUCAGCGCGGUGGACUCCCUGCUCGCCGCGGGACGCUCGCACGCGCCCACGCGCGUGCUUGCGCCGACGAAGGCGGUUGUGACUGCCGUGAGCGCCAUGACUGAGGACGUGCGCACGUUCUGCGCCUCCGCACCCGCUGCCUCAUCAGGCAUGGACCUCGAGCACCUCAGAGCGCUCAGGGAGCGCGCGGAGGCGACGCUGAGCAAUCUCGUGGCGGCGAGCAAGACGCACGCGACGGGUGCGGGUAUGAGCCCCGUGAGCUUGUUGGAUGCGGCUGCGAGCCACGUGAGCGCGACGGUCGGGGAGAUCGGGAAGCUCGUUGGGGUGAGGAGGGCGAGCCGGGCGGAGCAAGAGGAGUUUGCGGCAUCUGCUAACGGGUUUUCGAGUUCGGCUUCGGGGAUGUCGAGUCCGGGGCUCGAGGGGAGGAUGGGCGCGAUAGGGGCCGCGACGGGAGCGAGCGGGUCGUUCUCGCCGUCGCUUCGUUCGUUGGACGAGAUUAGGAACGGGGCGUAUGCGCAUGAUCGUAGCGGGAGUCGAGGGUCGACCGGUAGCGGGAAUGGGUCAAUGAGGAAGGAGGAUAUGGGGACGGUGUCUUGGGCGCCACAGCGGACGAUGUCGACGGCGACUGUGCGGGGCAAUGCUAAUGGAGAGUACACGAGCAGUCCGCCGCCGGUGGUUGCGUCGCCGAGGGGUCUUCCUGGUGCGACGGCGGUGGGGAGUGGAGGGCAGGAGGAUGAGGUGGCGCCGGAGGAUGCGUGGACGGAACUGAAGCCCUACCUCGAAGCGCAAACUGAAUCGAUCGUCUACGCGAUCCAAGCCGUUCUCUCGGGUGUGCGCUCGCCUGUCCCGCCCCCGUCGCUCAACGAGAACCUGACGCAGAUCAUCACGAUCGUGUCGAGCAUCGUCGCCGUGUGCAAGGACAACAUCCCGCCGUCGUCUGCGGAAGCCGGCGACGCGAUCUUGCGCGAGCUGGGCGACCACGCGAACAGGCUGAGCGAAGUGCAGAGCGCGGAGGUGAGCAAGGAGACGCGGCAGGUGAUGGCGAAGAGCAGCUUUGCGGUCGCGAACGCGAUGAAGGGGCUCAUGAAGCUGUGAUGCGACUGGCCCUGGCAGGCGAUGACGGCGCGUACAUAUUUGCUUUGUUCCAUGCCCUCCCGUACGCUACGUACUCGUUAUAAUUCUGUUUAGCAGGUGCCUUCUCCCUUGUUCAUGUGAUACCCCCCACCACUUUGUCGUUCCUCUAUUCCUUUUUUUGCCUCCGAUCUUGUGGCUGGUCUCUUCUCCCCUGCUCCGAGCGAGCGGGAUGCCUUGAGUUAUUUGCUACUGUAUAUGCUUCGCAUUGUUAUC